UUUAUUUUUCGGUCAAAAUGACCGGUCCAUUCUGGUUCUGAUAAGACCGACUAAAGAAACUAUUCAGUAGAAAAAAUCUUUAUAUUUUGAAAAAGUCUGGGGAAGUAUAAAUUCAUUAAUUUGGUUCAAAACGGUGGCGGGAAACACUUAUUUUUGUGUACCUGAGACGGGAAUCACGUUCCAUCUUCUAAUUUCCCUUCUUCGUGCUCUGCAAUACCGAAAGAGAACGAGCUUCGAGUUCGAGAUCCAUCUAACAAAUCGCUUCUUCUUUCUCUGAUGCUUAGUUCUCAGUUCUCAUGGAUAUGCACCUCAGUGAUUCAACUACUUCAGCUCCAUCGCAUGCCACGUUAUCCGGCACAGGGGGAGUCUGUUUGAUGAGAAAUGUAUUGAAAGGGGAACAACAUCCAUCUGUUAUCAACUUCAUCUCCACUUUCCUCUCUGCAAAUUCUUUUCGCCUUAAUUUUGUCCCUAUUGCUCCAGACUUCAUUUUCAAUUGUGGGGGUUUGUCUGUAGCAUUUGUUUUUGUGACUAACUGGGAUUGCAACAACGUGUCUCUGAUCUUCAGCAGAUAACUGAGCUGUUGGUUUUCAAGUCUUUAGUUGGGACUUUGUUAUCUAUUUCAUAAAGAGAUUUUCGAGUCUUAUGUUAGAUUCAAUUCUUCUCAUGCAGAGUUCAGAAAUUGAGAGCACAAUUUGCACGUUUUUAUGUUAUCAUCACACUCCCAGCUAAACAGCAAAUCGAUUCAUUUAUUCAGUCAUACUUGAAGUGAGUUAAAUACGUUGCUUUUAUUUUGUUCUGAUUGAUCAUUUGCUAUGUACAAUUCAUCAGGAGGUAAAAACUGAAACUUAGUACCAACUUUGAUGUGCUGUUCCAAUUGACAUUUCUUAUAUUAAAAAUAAUUACAGUAUACAAGCAGCAGAAAAUUGGAGAGAAACUGAAAGCUGAGGUCAGUUGUGCGAAGUGCAUACAAUAAUUAGUUGCCAGGACUACUUAAAGAAUUAAACUUAAAUAUUGAAUGCAUGAACUUUUAUUACGGUUAUAAAGAAGAAGCAAUCGGUGCAAGGAAUGAACUUUUACCGUAAAGUGGUUACUUCGCUUCCAGGCAUUGACAAUCACGACGUGAAUGGGGUAAAUCAUUUUAUUAUGAAGCAACUUCUCAUUUUGGUUUUUGUGAUUUUUCAUGCCUAAACCUAACAGUGUUAAAGCUCAGGAUUCUUGAUUAUAUAGAUGUUUAAACUCUGGAGUAUCUUUCUCUAACAAUAGCUAUAUCGCCUAAUAUUUGACUUAAAUGUGAAAUGAAACCAUGAUAAGCAUAUGCAUAUAGGCAUAGCUUGAGUUAUUUUGUCAUUCUGGUCGCUCAAUUCAGCUUAGUCAAGCUAUUGGUUCUGUCCAAGCAAUUGCCAAGGCAUCAAAAGACCAAAUUCUGGAGAACACAGACGUUUCUGCUGAGAAGGCAGAGAUGAUUUCAAGGUUUCUGAGGGACCCCAAGCUUUACUCUUCUCCCAAGAUCACCUGAUGGCGCAAAAACAAUGGAAU